CCGGAUUCGAGUUCAGAUUCUCCUCGUUGCCCUCGAGUGUUUCCUACUGCCGACGCAGUCUCCUCCGUAAAACCGCGCUGUGUAGCUUGUGCUCCUCUGGAUGUUUAAAAACCUACUACCCAAGCCACCGCACGACUUCGUGCCGUUAUGGAGGACCUGCAAGACUCCGCUUUCAGUGGUCCCACUGCCCUGAGUCUCACAGCUGAAUUAAAGGAUGACUUCUACGUCAAGCUUGUUGAUGACUUCCUUGGACCUCAGACUGGUGAUUUAUUGGGUCCAGGAGAAAAGCCCUGCACAAACCGGUUCUUGGUGCAGGUUGGACUGAUGAGAGAGGAAAACGAUGUUCCAUGGGUCAAUAUAUUAAAAUGGCUUCAGAAGACUUUUCCCAAGAAUGAAUCUGCAGAUUUUCGUUGUUUGAUUGAGAGGAACUCUGAAACGGCUCUGAGUUUAACAGGAGAUGCCAGGAAAAACUUCCUUGAUUCAGAUGUUAAUUUUGAAUUUGUCGGCCCUAUAUGUGACAGCAUUGGCAUUGGACGAAGAGACUUGCUGGAAAUGUCAGAUUUUUCUGAUCGUGCAAAGCUAACAGAUGUUACUAAUGGUCUGAUAUUGGAGUUGACCAGCUUUAUUGCAAGAGAAAAAAUUGACCCAGUUGUCUUGGUGUCAUGGCUUCGUAACUUUGAUCCCACGUUCUGUAGCGAUGGUAAGAUCCAGAAAGCCAACAAGCUCCUUCAGGCCAGUCUAAAAAAGUUUAGGAUACAGUACCGAAACAGUCAGAGGAGCAGGAACAGGAGCAGUGGAUUGUUUGACGAAUUUCUUCAUAGUCCGUUUGAACUCGUUUCUGAUAUUGAUGACUUGGAGUACAGGAAGGCAGCAGUAGUCAAAGGUACCUGGAAAAGGAAACAGUUUAGAUUAACCCCAGAAGGGUCUAAUUUCCAAAAGCUUAAUAUCAAAGAGGAAAACGAACCCUUUGAUAUCUCAGAGGAUAAUGCUUCAUUUGGGUAUGGAAGAAGCAUGGAGAGUGGUCUCGAUUCCAACCAGGCACCCCACCUGACAGACGUCAAGGAGGAAUAUGAUCCUGUAAGUAUUAGGAGUGAGCCUGCUCAGAUCCCACCACUAGACUUGGAAGAAACCCCCCGAUCUGACACAGGUGAUUGUGUUACUCUACUUGAUACGUCUUUCAUGUCUUUGCAAAAGCUUAUGGAACUAUAUGGAGGGAAGAAUGAAACCGCUAUAAAGGUGUCUAUGGAUCUCCUCAAGAAUCAGUUUUCUCUCAUGCUCAGAGAUGAUCUUAAAAUGAAGUCCCUGAAUGAGAAGGUCAUGGUUCAUGCCACGGCUGAAGAGAACCAACCUGUAUUGCUACCUGUCAGCUUCCUUCAGUUCACCACACAUUUCCUUUUUGAUGUUGUUGAUGCAAUCGAGAAGCAGAUAAUGUCAUUUGAAAGGGAAAUUGUGAACAAUACAGGGGACAAGCUUGGGCGGGACAACAACCCAAGAUUUAGAAGUUUUGUGAACUUUGACGAGAGUGCAGUCACCCGUUACAUCCACAUGGCUUGUGAGAUCUUGUGUCCAAGAGUAGAAACCAGCAGCAGUUACCGGAGGCACUGGCUCGCCUUUUGCAUCGAGAGGAAUAAUCCUUCCACGUUACCGAUGAAUCGGUCAAAUAGGUUCAUGAACUACUUUGAGGCAGCAGCCGGACUUGUUCACCAUUACAAGGACGUUGCACUGUUUGUUUCUGACCUGCAGCAACUGAAUGAUGAUUCAAAUAUUCUUCUUGACAGUGUCAGUGAUGAUGCUAGUGAUGAGGCUAUACAAACUCUAGCCUGUGUGGUGGCUGUUGUGUACUGUAAAGUGUUGGGUCCCUUAUGGCAGCUUCUGAAGAGUGAUGCGCAGUACUCGCUGUUCAGUAAGUACAUCUUCUGCCUUUAUGAGAAGCUCCUGGAGUGGUCCCAAGAUGUCUCGGCUUUGCUUCGGCCUGAGCCUCUGACCAAUGUGUUCCUCCAAGUUCCAAUGCAAGAGAAGAAUUUUUCAGGGGUUUUUAGGUUCUGCGAAGCAAAUGCAGACAACCAGUUUGGGACACUGUUAAAGGUGUGUUUGCAACGGAUGAUGAAGAUCCUUGCAGCCGUGAUGGAGGAAGAUCUCAAAGAUUUCUUACCUGGAGGCAAAUACUGCAAAGAACCUUCUCCAGAGCUUGUAGAACAGUUAUCAGAUUGCACAUUUUCCAAGCUGAUGGGUGAGUACCCAUUCGGCCAUACCUACCCCUACAACAAAAAGAGACCAGACAUAGUUCAUGUCCGGACAGAGGAAAGCACACCAGAGGACUCAGCAAGGCUGCCCGCUGCUUCGCCUCAGGAGAAGACCACUUCACCUGAAGUUUUUUCUGGACCUUUUGUGAAGCGUAGGACAUCAAAGCCUUACAUCAUGUUUGAAAGAGCAAAUCUGCUACCUCUUGAGAGAAUAAAGAAGAAGAGGAUAAAGUCGAUUGACCAGAGGCUGAAAGUUCAGAGGCAGGACCAGUUUUACAAGAAAAUGAUUGUUGCUACAGUGGCUAAAAAUGGUGGCCCGUGUAAAACCGUUCAAGAUGUUGAUAGACUGCUCACGCGAAUGGAAGGAGUGCACCACGCUCAAAAGCGAUCGGCCAUCCGAUGCGAGCUAACCUACCAGAGGUUUAUGGCUGGAUCCAAAGAGAAAAAGCCAGAAAACAUUGGAUUCUCUUUGGGAGACAUGGUCUCCAAAUUGAAAGCCAUCUUGCCGAGUGAGGAAAGUACAGCAAACGUCGUCUCUGCACCAACUAUGAAUGUUAUCCAUGUUGAAGGUGAUGGAAAUCAAAGUACCGAUGUUGCACCAGAUGUGACGGAACCGCAAGAAGACCCAACGAAUCAACCGUCCCUGCCUUUGAACAUCGAUGUGGGGAACAGAGGCAGACAAGUUGUCUUGCAGAGUUAUAGGGAGAAGUUUUUCGAUGAGUUUGCACCCAUUUCAUAGCUAAAUGGAAAGGAAGUGGUUGCGUGGUAAAUAAACAUAAACCUUUUUUUUUUUUACAGUCUUUCCUUUUUUAUGGUCUUAAAAACGUAAACAUACACUAAAAAGUUUUUUAUUGCUCAGAGGCAUUAUUUUUGUAUGUGCUUGUAGCUGUUAAAGCUGUUUUUAAAUAAAGAAGACAUUUAAACUUUCUUGUUCAGAGCUUGUUCUUCAAUAUUUAUCAAUAUGCUAUUAAUGUACUACGUCAUAUAUAAGAUAUUUAUUAUUCUGUGAGUUUAUAUCACAACUGCACUGUAAAAAUCUAAUUGUAAGAUGUGGGUUAGACCAGAAGAAUGAGCCAUUUACAUACAGUACUCUGCGUAAGUCUUGUGCUUGUGAGAAAAUAUGUAAAGCUGUUUAUCUGGGAAGUAAACAAUGAAUUGUAAUUAGAUUUUUUUUUUUUUCAUCAACAUUUUCAGGGUUCUCAUCAAAGAAGUCCAGUGUUUACAGUUACCAUCCAAUUCCUCUUCAGUCCUUUCGAUAGAUAUAAUCAGAUGCUGCUGAUGAAAUUUGAAAUUGAACAGAUCUUUUUUGUUCAAACAUGCAAAAUGUACUGCUUUCAAUUACCCCAGGUCAAAUUACAGGUUUUGUUGAUUGUUUGGGGGGAAAAGUUGCAUCCUGUAACUUUUGCACAUUUUAUGAUUUAUAUGGUUUCAAAUAAACAGUAACACAAAAGUGCAUUCUGCAGAUAAAAUACUUGGAAAAUCAGCAAAACAUGUAACUUAAACCUUUGGAUUCAUCUGUAUGGACAUAUAAAUGCAUAUAGCCUAAAAGGACAUAUACACCAACCAGGCAUAACAUGACCUUGAUACUCUAUAGCUGCACUUCGUAGCUCUACAGUUA